AUGAAUUCCGUGGCUGCGAAUAAGGAGCGAGUCGCCGUGAGCGCGCGGAGCAGGAAAUGUGGGGUGAGCGAGCCCUGCUCCCCCACGAAGCCCGGCGCGCCCUUCUCGGCCGAGAGCUGGUACCGCAGGGCGUACGAGGAGUCGCGGGCCGGGAGCCGCCCGGCGCCGGAGGGAGCCGGCUCUGCGCUCGGCUCCUCGGGCACCCCCUCGCCCGGCUCCGGCACCUCGUCGCCGGGCUCCUUCACGGGCUCGCCGGGGCCCGCCUCGCCCGGCAUCGGCACCAGCUCGCCCGGCUCGCUGGGCGGCUCGCCGGGCUUCGGCACCGGCUCGCCGGGCUCCGGCAGCGGCGGCGGCUCCUCGCCGGGCUCCGACCGCGGCGCCUGGUGCGAGCUGUGCAGCGCCCGCCUGGCGGAGCUCAAGAGGCAGGCGCUCAAGCUGCUCAUCCCCGCGCCCGCCGCCACCAAGGACUCAGGCUUCUCGUCAGUGAUUCACGACAAACUCCAAGUUCCCAAUACCAUUCGGAAAGCCUGGAACGAGAAGGACAACAGAUGUGACGUUUGUGCCACCCACCUGAACCAGCUGAAGCAAGAGGCCAUUCAGAUGGUGCUGACGCUGGAGCACKCUGCCAACUCUGACCAUUACGAUGCGUCGCCAGGUUCCCCGCCGCCCCUCUCCACCAUCCCUGCUCUAGUGGGCUCCCGGCACAUGGGCAGCCUGCAGCCCAGGGACUGGGCAUACGUGCCUGCUCCGUAUGCCACCUCCAACUACACAGGCUUUGUAGCCAACAAGCACGGCGGCAAACCCAACAGCCUGGGAAUUGUCAAUGGGGUGGAGAAGAAAAAUGGCUCUCCUGGACACCAAGCCAAGGUCAGCUUUCAGAUGGCCACCAGCCCCAGCAAUGGUAAUGUUCUCAACUCUGUGGCUAUCCAGGCUCAUCAGUAUCUUGACGGCACCUGGUCUUUGUCAAGAACGAAUGGUGUCACUCUAUAUCCCUACCAAAUCUCUCAGCUUAUGACAGAGACGAGCCGAGAGGGCCUCACGGAAGCAGCCUUGAACCGCUACAACRCAGAUAAACCCUCCUUGUUCAGCGUCCCGGCUUCCCAGAGCACCUAYGUGGCCAGUGAAGUGUCCACUGGCACCUCGGUGGCAGCAUCGUUUUUUGCCAGAGCUGCUCAGAAAUUGAACCUGUCUUCCAAAAAGAAGAAGCACAGGCCUUCUGCGUCAUCCGUUCCCGAAUCCGCCCCCUUCUCCACCAGCUUCAGCAGUAUCCUUCAGACCUCCCCGCCCCCUGCACCACCGUGUUUGCUGAGGGCAGUCAGCAAAGUGAAGGACACUCCCGGUGUGGGCAAGGUCAAAGUCAUGGUGCGCAUCUCUUCCACACUCGCCAGAGACACAUCRGAGUCCAGCUCUUUCUUAAAGGUUGAUCCCCGUAAGAAGCAAAUCACACUGUAUGACCCGCUGACCUGUGGAGGUCAGAAUGCCUUUCAGAAAAGGGGCAACCAGGUUCCACCCAAGAUGUUUGCUUUUGAUGCAGUUUUUCCCCAAGACUCAUCACAGGCUGAAGUAUGUGCUGGGACUGUGGCUGAGGUGAUCCAGUCAGUGGUCAAUGGGGCAGAUGGCUGCGUGUUCUGCUUUGGCCAUGCCAAACUUGGGAAGUCAUACACCAUGAUCGGAAAGGAUGAUUCCAUGCAGAACCUCGGCAUAAUCCCUUGUGCCAUCUCCUGGCUCUUCAAGCUGAUUAAUGAGCGCAAAGAGAAGACAGGGGCCCGCUUCUCCGUCCGAAUUUCUGCAGUAGAAGUGUGGGGGAAAGAAGAAAAUCUAAGAGACCUGUUGUCAGAAGUGGCUACAGGCAGCCUCCAAGAUGGUCAGUCCCCAGGUGUCUACCUUUGUGAGGACCCCAUUUGCGGCAUGCAGCUGCAGAACCAGAGCGAGCUGCGGGCGCCGACGGCGGAGAAGGCUGCCUUCUUCCUGGAUGCAGCCAUCGCCGCCCGCCGCAGCAGCCAGCGAGACUGCGACGAGGAGGAUCACCGCAACUCCCACAUGCUCUUCACCCUGCACAUCUACCAGUACCGCAUGGAGAAGAGCGGCAAGGGCGGAAUGUCCGGAGGCCGCAGCCGCUUGCACCUGAUUGACCUGGGGAGCUGUGUGAAAGUGCUCAGCAAAAACCGGGAGGGCAGCUCGGGCCUGUGCCUCUCCUUGUCAGCGCUGGGCAACGUCAUCCUCGCCCUCGUCAACGGCAGCAAGCACAUCCCCUACAAAGACAGCAAGCUCACCAUGUUGCUUCGGGAGUCCUUGGGGAACAUGAACUGCCGCACCACGAUGAUAGCUCACAUUUCAGCUGCCGCGGGCAACUACGCCGAGACACUCUCCACCMUCCAGAUUGCAUCAAGGGUCCUCAGGAUGAAGAAAAAGAAAACCAAGUACACGUCCAGUUCUUCUGGAGGAGAGAGCUCUUGCGAGGAAGGCAGGAUGCGGAGGCCAACACAACUGAGGCCCUUCCAUUCUAGGAAYGCUGUGGAUCCAGACUUCCCUAUUUUGCAUCUAUCAAGUGACCCUGAUUAUUCAUCCAGCAGCGAACAGUCCUGUGACACGGUGAUUUAUGUUGGCCCCAAUGGCACUGCCCUUUCUGAUAAGGAACUGACAGAUAAUGAGGGUCCUCCUGACUUUGUUCCCAUAGUUCCUGCACUGCAGAAGACCAAAAAUGAGGGCAGGUUAGAGGAAGUUUGUGAAUCGGGACCCAGCACAUCUGAAAGAGACUGCCUGAAGUGCAACACCUUUGCAGAGCUCCAGGAGAGGCUGGAUUGCAUAGAUGGCAGUGAAGAGACUAACAAAUUUCCCUUUGAAGAGAUGCCUGCUCAAUUUAGUUCAGACCAGAUGUCUAAGUGCUCUGUUUCAAGCCAACUGGCAGAGCUUAGCCACUUACCAGAGUCAGAUAAGGAAGAUACCAUGCCAGAAUGUCAGCAUCCUGAGAGAGAAGCCAGGGAAAAUAUAAAUGCAACACCCAGCAAAACUAAGAGAAAUCACUCCCCUGUUCCUUCUGGAGCUCUCACUAACAUUUCAACUCCUUCUUCUCCCAGGAGUAUAACAGGCAGCUCUAGUAAAGAGCUUAGCUCCUCCCAGCUAGCACACAGCACAAGCUUGCAGAGCAGCAGAGAAAGUCUCAACAGCUGUGGCUUUGUGGAAGGCAAACCUAGGCCAAUGGGUUCGCCCCGACUUGGCAUUGCAAGCCUCUCCAAGACAUCUGAGUACAAGCCACCAACUUCUCCUUCGCAGAGAUGCAAAGUCUAUACACAGAAAGGAGUUCUGCCCAGCCCCAUUCCCUCGCCAACUCCCUUGAGUAAGGAUGCUGGGGUGAGGUCUAGUGAACCCUCGCUGCAGCCAGAAAUCCGGACCCCUCCUGUAGGAAUGAGCCCACAAAUCAUGAAGAAGUCAAUGUCUUCCAGCAAUGGAGAAUUUGAAGAGACCAUUCUUGAUGAAGACCAGCAACAAAACAUUUCACUGGAAUCCAAAAAGGAGAUUUUAAGCACCACCAUGGUGACUGUGCAGCAGCCAUUAGAGCUGAAUGGAGAGGAUGAGCUGGUGUUCACCCUUGUAGAAGAACUAACCAUUAGUGGGGUCCUUGACAAUGGGCGCCCAACCAGUAUCAUCAGUUUUAACAGUGACUGCUCGGUGCAGGCCUUGGCCUCUGGGUCUAGGCCAGUCAGCAUUAUCAGCAGCAUCAGUGAAGACCUUGAAUGUUACUCCAGUGCAGCUCCUGUGUCGGAGGUCAGCAUCACGCAGUUCCUUCCGCUUCCAAAACUGGGCCUGGAUGACAAAUCCCAGGACGAUGGCAGCAGGCGCUCAUCCAUCAGCUCGUGGCUGAGUGAGAUGAGCACAGGGAGYGAUGGGGAACAGUCGUGCCACAGCUUCAUAGCCCAGGCGUGCUACGGCCACGGGGAAGCCAUGGCAGAGCCCCCGCUGCCCGAGUGUGUGAGCUCCAUAUCUGGUGCCAGCAUGCUUUGUGUGAAUGACAGACAGAAGCCAGUGACGGACAACAUGCUCAUACUGACAGAAAGGGACGAGGACGCCUUCGGCAAAGUGCCACCCAUCAAAGGCUGCAAAAUAUCAGCUCUAGGGAAGACGAYGGUAACAAUCAAGAACACUGCAAGCCUCAGCAGCUGUGAGGGCUACAUCCCAAUGAAGACAAACAUCACUGUUUAUCCCUGUAUUGCUGUUAAUCCAUUUAAAGCACAAGACACUGAUGAUGCUGUAUCGGCAGUAGCUCCAGACCCCAAAGUUACUCAGUCCCAUGAAAGGAAAGAAUCUAGUGCUAAAAAGGAUAUCAAAUUUGAAGACCCUUGGCUAAAAAGAGAAGAAGAUAUAAAAAAGGACAGUUCUGGAGGYAGUGAUGACCCAAAGCCUGACACAGUUUCAGCCAAGCCUGAGCCCAGCACAAAGCAGACCUCCACAGACAGGUUUAGUAGCAGCAGCAGUGGGGACGCCUCUGUCUCCCCAGCCUCUGACGGCCUGAAGAGGAUCGUGGAUGGGUGCGAGAUGGCGGCUCCUGGCUCUGCAACCCAGAGCCCUGUUCAUCCCGCUGACAGUUUGAAGAACAGCCUCCCUCGAGGGCUCCCAAAGGCGAGCAAGCUGGAGGAGCCUGAGGGUGUUCUGCACCCUGCUGCCAUUGACAACAACGGUAUCAGCUCUCCUGCCCUUCACCAGUUUUCUAAGGCCAGCCUAGAGAGAAAAAUGGCCUCUCCCAAGCACUGUGUCCUCACUCGCCCCAAAGGGACCCCUCCGCUGCCUCCAGUGAGAAAGUCCAGCUUGGAUCAGAAGAACAGAGCCAGCCCGCAGCACAGUGCUGCCAGCAGCACCACGAGCAGUCCCUCCAGCCAGCCCGUGGCUUUCCUGGCAAGCUUUCCUGAUGAGCUGAAUGGCAAGCAGAAGGGCCCUGGCACUGACAGCAGCAGCAGCAGCAAGUUAUUCAGUGCCAAACUUGARCAGCUUGCCAGCAGGACAAACUCCCUUGGGAGGUCCACCGGGAGCCACUAUGAGUGUUUGUCACUGGAGAGAGCAGAAAGUCUGUCCUCUGUGAGCUCCAAAAUGAGCCCUGGCAAAGACACCACCAUGCCUAGGGCAGGAAGGAGCCUCAGCCGCAGUGUCAUGUCCUCCCCAACCAACUCGGGUCUCUCUCAGUCCGCAGGAGCCUCCCCAAAAGCCAGCCAGUCUAAGAUCUCUGCAGUCAGCAAGCUCCUGUUGGCAAGUCCCAAAGCCCGGAGCCUGUCUGCCUCUGCCACCAAAACACUCAGCUUUUCCACCAAAUCCCUGCCUCAGUCCGUGGGACAGAGUUCCAGCUUGCCUCCAAGUGGCAAGAACAUGUCCUGGUCAACGCAGUCCCUCAGCAGAAACCGAGGCUCCAGCCUUGCUUCCAAACUGCCUCUUCGAGCUGUUAAUGGACGAAUCUCAGAACUGCUCCAAGGGAGCACAARUGCGAGGGGUUUGCAGCUACGUGGAAACUCCGAGGCAGACGAGCGUGGGGGUCUUCAYGGAGAGGAGAAACCAGCUGCUCACGUGCUGCCUUCGCCCUACAGCAAGAUCACUCCCCCUCGGAAACCUCACCGCUGUAGCAGCGGCCACGGCAGUGACAACAGCAGCGUCCUGAGCGGGGAGCUGCCCCCAGCCAUGGGGAAAACAGCCCUUUUCUACCACAGUGGGGGGAGCAGUGGCUACGAGAGCAUGAUGAGGGACAGUGAGGCCACGGGGAGUGCUUCCUCAGCACAAGACUCUAUGAGUGAGAACAGCAGCUCCGCUAGCGGCAGGUGCCGAAGCCUCAAAACUCCAAAGAAGCGAUCGAUCGCGGGUUCACAGAGGCGGAGGAUUAUUCCAGCUUUAUCACUCGAUACAGCUUCCCCAGCCAGGAAACCUGCCAAUAGCCCUGGGGUCCGCUGGGUGGAUGGACCUCUGCGAAGUGGACAGAGGGGCUUGGGUGAGCCCUUUGAAAUCAAAGUGUAUGAGAUAGAUGACGUGGAACGACUUCAGCGGCGACGAGGUGGGGACAGCAAGGAGCUGAUAUGUUUCAAUGCCAAGCUGAAAAUCCUGGAGCAUCGCCAGCAGAGAAUUGCCGAGGUCAAGGCCAAGUAUGAGUGGCUAAUGAAAGAACUGGAGGUGACCAAACAGUACCUGAUGCUGGAUCCCAAUAAAUGGCUCAGUGAAUUUGACUUGGAGCAGGUAUUUGAGCUGGAUUCUCUAGAAUACCUAGAGGCUCUGGAAUGCGUGACUGAGCGCUUGGAAAAUCGUGUCAACUUCUGCAAGGCCCACCUCAUGAUGAUCACCUGCUUUGACAUCACCUCGAGACGUCGGUAGAGAAUGAAGCUCAGGAGAACUUCAACGCGAAUCUCGGCCAUCCUCCUUUUUCCUUCUGAUUAGCAUCCCAAAGACAACAGAAUGAGGAUGAAGGUUCGAGUCAAGUCUCAGUUGUGUGUAUGAGAGAUUUGCUUUGUUAUACUGAAGAUCAGAAAAAAAAAAAAAAAAAAGGAUGAGCACGAAAAAAAAUGGAGAUAUGAGAAUGUUGAUUCUCUUAGAGUAAAAGAGCACUUUGAGGAACCUUUAAGGACAUGCCUGUAAAUAAAAAAACUACUGGCAGAAGAGAUUUCUUCCUCUACAUAAACUGAGGGAGGAGGAGAAAGGUGGUUGUAGGA